GUCCUUUUUGGUGAAGUCGGUUAAAAAGUAAUAAUUUCCAGUCAGCGUAACUUAAUGUGUAGGUAAUGUAAUGAAAUAAAUGUAAUGAUAUUAGAACGAUAUAAAACAGUGGAACAUUAACAAACUCCAUUUGCUUAGGUAUUACAGAUCUGCUAAUACCAAUAGUAAUACUUAUUAUUAUUUUGUAUUAAAAAACUUCAUAAGCCGCACAUGUAGCCGUCUAUCAACUACGGGUUGAACAAGAAUUUUCUUCCGCAACAUGAGCCAGAUGAAGCCGAUUAAGAAGGUGGGCAUCAUCGGGGUUCCUUUCGAGAAGGGCCAGAAGAAGUACGGCGUGAGCGUUGCCCCCGCGGCAAUGAGGUACGCUGGGUUGCUUGACAAACUCAAAGAAAUCGAUGGUCUGGAUGUUAAGGACUACGGGGACGUGGACACUCACGCGGGCCUCGAAGCUAGCCAAACAGCAGUGAAAAAUGUAGAAAACAUGUCAGACCUAGCACUGGUUUCAGCAUGCAACAAGCGGCUCUCUGAGAAAGUCUCGAAAGUGCUCCGAGAUGGAAGAAUAGCAGUAACAAUUGGUGGUGACCAUUCUAUUGGAGUCGGUACAGUGGAUGGCCACUACAAUGUAAACGAGGAUAUGAUUCUCAUAUGGGUGGACGCGCACGCCGACUUGAAUACUAACAAGACGUCAGGCUCAGGGUCUGUCCACGGCAUGCCUGUAGCUCUCCUGGUCAAAGAACUCUCAGACUACUGGCCAUAUCUUCCUACGAUGGACUGGCAAGUGCCCAAAUUUUCAAUCAAAAACCUCGGAUACAUCGCCUUGCGCUCCGUAGACAGCUACGAGAGGUUGGCGAUAGAAAAAUACAAUGUCCCCACAUUUGCAAUGGAAGAUAUUGACAAGCACGGAAUAGUGAACUCCAUACAGCACGUGCUGCAAGUGCUGGACCCGGAGCAGAAGCGACCCAUCCACGUCAGCUUCGACAUCGACGCGCUGGACGCGCUUGAGGCUCCCAGCACCGGCACUCCAGUGCGCGGCGGACUCACGCUCCGUGAGGGCAUCACAUUGAUGGAGCUCAUACACGCGACGGGGCGGCUGCGCGCCGUGGACCUCGUGGAAAUUAACCCAGCGCUGGGCAGCGGCGCCGACCGCGACCGCACGCUCGAGGCCGGCGUCGCGGUGCUGCGCGCCGCGCUCGGCUUCUCCAGACGUGGCACCGCGCCUCGGGACAAGCUCGACCUCCCCAUACAAACUUCACCCUACAAGUAAACGUCGAGCCCUAAAAUAUGAAACUUUCUAACCCAGUGAACCCUAUGUGUCCUUUGUACCACAGUUAUAUCUAUGAAGCACACCCCUUAAAAAGUGGCAUGUGUCAAACAAGUAUGUAGGCCACUUAGUCAACGAAAAUCUGCAUGACGACGCGGAUAUACAUAGAACAGCCCGCGUAUCCAACGUGCCUAUCCUUAACGCUCAGUAGCAAACGUAACUGUCACUGUCGUACUAAUAUGGAAGAGUGACAGAGAAGGAUGACUACGCUACGUUACGGAGCCGUUAACGAUUGGCACGUUGGCUACGCGGCCGGGAACGCAGGGCGCUGGCGAUAUGGCGAAUAUGUAAACACAUAGGUUCAGAGGUUGUAUAGCGCAGGUCAAAUUAUACUCUUUAGAGCUACUGUACUUCUCUAUAUACAUGCAGCUUAUUAGCUAAUUACUCGCAGAGAUCGGUCAGCACCCUACGGAUCCAAUACAACAACGCCUUCAGGAUGCUGUUUCGUCUGCCGCGCGCCCAUACCGCGUCAGGCAUGUUCGCGGACGCACAUGUAGAAGGUCUUGGCUUGUUAUUACAUUGAUUAGUGUUAAGUGCAAGUACAUACAUUUGCUAAAGAAAAUCUACGAGCUCGCACUGAACACUAAUCAAUGUGUGAACAGGCCCUGCGCCGGCCGCGCUUGACAGUAGCAACAGUAUGCAGAGUGUGAGAGCGGGUUGGCUCAAGAGCCGCUAUAAAUAAAUAAAUACAUCGCUCCUUAGCGUCUUCUAACAUCUAAUCUUAUCAUAGUUAUUAAGUAUCUGCAGGGCCAAAUAAUUACUUGCUCACUAACCUGUUAUGAAUCCGUGGUCCAAAAUAAUAACUUUUAUGCUUAACGUUGAAGUCAUUUUACGUAUUAUUUUCCGAUUCCGGCCACAUUGCGGCACUCAUUUAUAUGUUGACUAACUAUACCGACCACGUAGUAAAAAAUUCAAUAACCACCACCAAUAUAUUUUGACUUUGAUAUUGGAUUUUACGAGUAAAAUGAUUUGUUGGGGCUUCGUACGACGCAAUUUUUUCGACUGGUCGACCAAAGCUUAUUAACUGAGGAACUGAAGGGUGUUUAAUUUGGAAUAAUUGAGAUGUAAUUAAAAUAAUGACGCGUUAUUUAUUCUCAUUUCCCUAAUCGCUUAUGUACUCGUACUAUGCAAAUCGAGAAUAUUUUAUGUUGAGUUAGUAAGUUUGGUAAUAGGUUAAUAAUACGCACUGAAAAGUAUUUCUAUAGAAAACUGUUCUGUAUGAAGUUAGAAAUUACUUAGAAAAUAAAAACGGAAAUUUUGGUGAAAAUUAAACGAAUUUCGUAUUUAAAUCUUUGAAA